AUGCCCCAUCACACAAAAGGAGUCAGACAAUUACCCAAACAGUAUACACAAGGGAACAGCCAUUACUCAUGCGAUAUAUCCAACAAAAUUAUGCGGAUUGUUAAAAAAUGCCCAGAGAAUGAGGUAAAAUGGAGGGAGGCAGCAGCAAGAAUGAACUGUACAAUAUAUGCCAAUCAGUGUGAUGAGCCUGAGAGACUUGUGUACCAUUGUGUUAUCAAUACAUUUGUUAACCAGACCCUAGAAGUAUGCGCAUAUGCACAGAACAUUUUACAAGGUCAUUGCACUGAAUAUAAUAUCCGUGGAAAUAUCAUUCAACCAAACGUCAGAACAAAUUGCAAGGCAUUUUCCCAGAAUCCUUGCCCACAAUUGUAUAAUUCAACCGAAGCUUACAAGUAUCAAGGAUGCUAUGAGCUGACCAGAGAAUUGAGUACAAAUUCGCAACAAACAGAAUAUGGAAUAAAACGAAACGUAGAAACGUCAUCAUUAAAAAAGGGUCAUGAAAAUUUGUCAAUAAAUGAAGAUACGCAUGGAGGGAGCAGUAAUUCAGUGGUAAAAAUCAUUGUAGUCGGUGUAUAUGCAAUGAUUUUAUCGGUUGUGGCUGUGGCUGCCUUCAGUUUAUAUUUGAAAAGAAGAAGUCGUUGAACGAAAAUUGGAAA